AAACUCAUCACCAUCAUCAUGAUGCCGGCUUGUAUGGCGGGUACAUAGCCACAACACUGGCCGGCGUUAAACGUCAAAAGCCAAUUUCACAUACAACAGAUGCGGCGCGCGCGCAUCCACGGAUUUGCGAUUGCCGGUUGGGGCUAAUUUAUUCAUUUUAUUGGCGUGUGAGCCUUAAUCGGGAAAUGUGCUGGUAAUGGCGACUUGAUUGCGUUGGUUAGACGGGACAAUGCAUCCCACUUAUGCGAUUAGGACGAGGAUUUGUUCAUACUGUAUAAAGAUAAGGUCGGUACAUGACCGUGCGCAACUACAGUAUCUUUACGAUCAUGUUGUGGAUAUGCCAACGUAGUAUUUGGAGUUUUGUGAUAGCGAACAGUGGACAACAUUCCCGUAAACUGGACAGAACGCACAUGUAAUGUGUCAUCCCGCAGCGGUGCUUUUCACCUUUGUUGUGCUGGUUGGUUUGAUUCCUUAUUGCCGGUCGGCUGAUGGAUUGCAUUUGCCUUGUUGUGAAGCGGUGAAUGACGUUUGUCGUUCCGCUUGUCAUCAGAUCACAUUAUUGGAUUUGGCCACUAAACCGCAGCGCCAUAAACUAUUUACGGCUCAUCUGGAGCACCAUUGUCGGACGGAGCGCUACGUGGAUCAUUUUAUGACUUGUUUUAACAACACCACAAGAGAAUUACAGCGUGGACAAAGCUGGAGUGGCCGGGAAUGUUGUACGUUUGCCAAAGAUCCUCGAUGCCGAGUGGCGUGCGUAUAUGCUCAAUCGCUUCACGAACUGGAACAUAUUUGUUUUAUUAAUAAAGAGACGCCUCUCUACGAAUGCAUCCGCCUGAGGAAAGACGCAUUGCGGUGCUGUAACAGCGCGGGAGGAAGAAAAGCUGCUACUUGCCGCAAAUUUUGCUCCACAAUCCUGCCAGUGGCCAAAGAGCCGCCGCAGUUUACCUACAGUGACCUUUUACUUCUCCACUCAGAAUGCUCAACAUCCCUGGAAACCGUGCACUGUGCGUGGAAUCUGGGGAAAGCGCCUUUCGUCCAUCUUGACUGUGCUCCAUGUUGUAAUGCCUCCACGAAUUCGCAAUGCCUUAUAACGUGCCAGAGAGUCGCAAGAAAUUUUGAAGCCGGUAUCGAUGCAAUCGAGAAUUUAGUCAGCGGGGGAUGUGGUCGCCCCGAUCCGGAAGAAUCCUUCUGGACAUGCCUGAUGGAGAUGCUGGAUAUCAGCAAAAGUGUCACCUUUAUCGUGCCGCACCGGCCACCACCGCCGGAAGCCAUGAAACUGCAGUGUUGUCUGAGUGCUGUUGGUUUCCAGUGCCGGCGAGCGUGUUUUCAGGCUUAUGGACCUAGCGGUUCCCUGGAUAAUAUCGACUGGUUUAUGAUGCGAUGCAAGGACGACAGUGUGGAAGUAGCACUGCGGACUUGUUUGCGUGAUGUUACUGUGCCUUGCCAAAUGGGUUGCUCAAAUCUGAAUUACUGCUCGUAUUUUAACGAUCGGCCUACAUUGUCUUUUCGCUCGUGUAACGGUCUCAGUGACCGCGAAGCGCAGUUCACCGCGGAUGUUUGGAAGCGGGACGGACAUAUUCGUCUAAACAACAGUACUAUCAAAAUAAAAUUCGAUAGGCGGUGCGGGAAGAUCUGGCGCGGCCUUUUGUGCGCCAUCCAUAUAAAACCGUGUAACACGCGGAUCUGGGGUCUUCCUUUAUGCUUUUCAAAGUGCAAAGAACUGGUUCAAUCGUGCAUCGAUCCGCAAUGGGAGACCACGGCCGAAGCCGUAUGCAACCACUUCUUGCCCAUCGAAGACCGCCUCCAAAACCCGGCACCUUUUUGCCUUAACAUCGAAAUCCCAGAAAACAGUCCAAAAGCACCACAGUUUAUUUCAGUUGAUGCCAUUCCAGAAACUCCUUGCAAUCCAAACCCGUGUUCACCGGCAAUGCGUUGUGACAUUCGGCGCUACAACGAAAGAGUGGAUGACACGUUAUUUACGUGCCGCAAAGGAUGUGUAGUAUCGUCUUCCGGAUUUUCGUACGUUAUCGCCGAGGACGAUAUAUUCAUAACGCCCAACUUGAACGACAUCGGCGAAGUGUGUUACACUGUAUGCACAUGUAUGGAAGAUGGCUCACUAGGCCACUGCGUUGAUCUGCCGGAUUGUGAAAAGGUCGUUGGCUGCCAUAUUGGAGCGGCAUAUUACGAGCACGGCACGAAAUUUCAAAAAGCCUGCAGCCGUUGUAUCUGCAUCUUCGGCGAGACGGUCUGCACCGCCGGAUAUUGCAUUACCGAGUCACAGCGCGACGAAGAGCGCAACAGCUUAACCGGUCUUCCAUGCAGUUGUCCCAUUAACUUCAACCGGGUGUGCGGCUCCAACGGGAAAACCUACCCAACCGAAUGCUCGGCACGCUGCUCCGGCCUGAGUGAGUAUGACUUCAUCGGGGGAUAUUGUGCACUCAAUCAUGCAUGUCCCAAGACCGACUGCGGACCGGAUAAGUGGUGCAUCGAACAGCCGGAAGUCUGCUUACAGCAUCACAUAUCGUGUCACCAACAUGUCUGCGUGGACAUCAAAAGCAACUGCAGCGAACAGCCAACGGAAAUCGCCUGCGAUACCGAUGGACAUGAGCACUUUAACCUGUGUUCUCUAUUACUGGAAGGCCGGCAUUUUGCCUAUCUGGGACGCUGUUUGCAGCAUUGCAAAACAACCGGUAGCGUGUGCGGUCAUAAUUCAGAAACCUUCCCUUCGGAAUGUUCUGCGCUAGCUGUCCGAGUGGGCGUGGAUUAUCCCGGCACUUGCUCCACCGUGGGCGGGCGCAUCGAACGCGGAUUCGUCAAUACAUGUGAAGUGGUUUAUAAUCGCUGCCCCAAACCGGUGCGGGCAAAUUGUACUGGACUGGUUCCACCGGAUGCCUGUUGCCCUAUCUGCGCGGGUGGCCUUCGCGUCCUGUUUUCACCAAGACGAGUUAAACGGUUGACCGAAAAAGGUCACGUUCCGUUAACCACUCGCCGAAUUAUGGGCGAACUGCAGAAACUGAUCCAAUCGAGCAACUGCGAAGUUCUGGGUUACUACACAAUGGAGAACGAUAUUGCAAUCAUGGUUAAACGCCUAAACCUCACUGAUGAGCAUGAACUAAGCGACGAGAGCCUGAAUCUUUGUGUAAUCGAAGCAGAAAGGCUCCAUUACCUGAUCGAAAGGCAGCAUCCGCUCAUAACAAUGAAUGCGUAUCUGUGGCCGUUGGCGGCUUCCAAGAUAAUCCACACAUCAUGGAAACCAUUUACCAGCAUCGGCAUCCGUCCUCUUGCUUCCAAAACCCUUGCAUUUCUCGUUGUAUUAUUUUCUUGUUUAUGGAGUACUGCGUUCUUGGUAGCCCCUCUGCACUUGGGAAUGCGAUAGAUCUACAGAGAUACCGAUUCGGUACUUACGGCUGACAAUUCUAACUAAUGACUUCCAUAAAUGUGAUAUAUUAACGCAGUGAUUUAGACGAAAGCAAUAAGUAAAAUUAUGGAAAAUGGACUGUUUGAUGCAUAAUUUCUAGACCUUGCUCGUGUUCACGCAACGACUGUCUCGGAAAUGUA